AUGAGCACAAUGUCUGCACAACACUCGCCGCCAGUUCGCGACCACUCCAGAGGUACGUCGGGCUCCUCUAAUGGGUCGGGCAAUGGACAGACUGCCCGACGACCCAAAUGUGCAAGGUGUCGCAAUCACGGCAUGAUCUCAUGGCUCAAGGGUCAUAAAAGGCACUGUAGGUUCCGUGAUUGCACCUGUGCCAAGUGCAACCUUAUUGCUGAACGGCAGCGCAUAAUGGCUGCACAGGUUGCACUCAAGAGACAACAGGCGGCUGAAGACGCUAUUGCAAUGGAAAAUUCUUUAAAGAAUGACACGAAUAACAGCGAAUCCGGAGAUUAUGAUCCAAAUGAUAGCGAGAGUGCUGUCGAUGACAAUCUCAGCACUGAUAACACAAACUCAAGACUCAAUAACAUUGAAAUUACAGUAAAAACCCAUUCAUCACAACAUCAGUCCUGUGAAGAUCUAAAGUCAGAAGAAAAGACACAAAUGACACAAAUUCCCAGCGCUUUGCCGCCACAGCCUUCCCUAUCAGACACACCGAUUGAAUCAACAGUUCUCUUGUCUCGAAGUCCUGUCACCGACUCUUCCAUAAGUCCACACAAUUCUGAUCCCAAACUCACACAACAGUCCAAAGCAAUCAAAACCAAUUCAAACAAAUUCAUGAUUCGCAGACAUCCCUCACUCAUGCCAUCACCGCCACCGACAACCACUGGACUAAGUCUAUCAGAAUUUGGUAAUAAUAUUCCCGCGGACUUCAGGCCCGGACGACUCAGUCCUUUAGAUGUUAUCUCCCGUAUAUUUCCUCAUCAGAAGCGUUCAGUACUUGAUUUAGUACUUCAGGGCUGUAAUGGAGAUGUAGUCAAAGCCAUUGAGCACUUCAUCUCAAUAAACGACGCAAUGGUUUUACAUCAAAACCAUACUAAUAGUGGACACAAUUAUUCCUCAUUUACUGAUAGCCAUCAAAGGCGACGAGAGAUUGAGGCGAAUAUGAGUCCCAUUUUAGGGUCUAUUAAGUCUGCGUUCACUCCAUUGAGUUCAGGCAUCAGUUUAUCCGCUUCUAACCCAUUGUUCGCAUCGACACGAAACCCACCGUUAGGUCCACCGCCGCCUCCCAUCUUCCCAAACAUGUUCUCGUCGACGACCUCUCCCUAUCACCGGGACUUCGGUGCCUCGCCAUCCAUCGCCCCCUACCCUAACGCGGCUGCCAUUCACUAUUUAUUUCAUCCGAACAACGCGUUCACCGGUGGGUCCACCGGAUCUGUCUGUCCCUCGGGUUGCAGUCAAUGCACAAACUCAAUGACCAGCGCAGCCGUUAUGUUGCAGAACGGAGGGCCCGAUAGUCCCAACUCUGUGUCCGCUUUCAAAGAAGUUCGCGGAAACACUGGACACGAGACGGCCGUCGAUCUGUCGACUGAGGCGAGCUCUUGGAGGAGCAGCCCUUCCAGUCGUGGCAGCAAAUGCACCGAUUGA